AUGACCGACACCAUUUCAAAAAAUGGCAGUAUCAGCCGAAUUACAUUUCCCCGCAGUGACGGAUCUCCAAACAGACAACCGAACCCCAGUAGGGCUAUCAAAUUGAGGGAAUGCAAGGCCAAUGAAAACAGUGAAUUGGUGGACCCGCAUAUGUGGAAAUGGUAUAAGGCAAUUGGAGAGGCGUUGGCGCGUGCUUUGAAGUGGCCCAAUGUCGAGCCUAAUGCGUGCAUACUUUCCUCCUUUCCAAAAUACUAUACACUCUAUAAGCAAGCGAGGGGGUGCAGCGAAGACUGUUUCUUGUUUGGAAGCAUCAAUUGCAGGCCUUUUAGAAGCCCCAAUGAAUUUAUAGAGCACGCAAUAUGGCUUUUCACAGAUCCAACUAUGACCAAAACCAAUUGUCGAUGUAGAGGCUGCACCCACAACCCGCAAAGAAAUAUCACUAAUGACUUGAAGAGAAGAGGUAUUUUUUGGACAGAUAGCCUAUUGCGAGUAAAAAAGCAGACAUCAGGUCCAACUGCAUGUGCACCACAAAGGACACAAUCUCUGGUUGAGAUUGAAUCUAGUGAUUCUAGUCCAUCGACUUCACAGGAGAAUCAACCACGUAACGAUCUGAAAGUGAUGCUUCAGCCACAACUUGAGCCGUAUGGAGCAGCGCAGAGAACUGUGGCUCUCGAAGUUGCCCCACUAUCGCGUAACUGCCAGUUUCGGAUUGGGGAUCUAAUAGAUGUUAUCCUGGAGCACCCCAUCGAAAGCCCUGAUCUGAAAGUCUCCAUUUGUGCUUGGCCCGCGAUUGUCCUGAACGUAAUCCCCGCCCUACUAGUAUAUUCCAAGUCAUUCGAAAUGUCCAGUACAGCCUUCACUGGUUCAGACGACUGCGACAUCGUGGUGCAAAUCCUCGGUUUCGACGAGUUUGCACUCGCCGUCUCGCAGGAGAAUGUACUUCCAUACCAUCCUGUAUUCCACACUAAUCAUCCGCCAUGCACACUUUCUUUCGAGCUUGCCAAAGAAGUCAAUCACGUUGCUGCUCACGCAACCUCAUUCUCCAUUAAAUUCGAAGUCGCUACUGCCUUACACACUCGGGCUGUACAACUCGCAGUCAAGGUUGCGUCCAAAUGGUCUAUACUGAACCAAUCUCAAGCCGAAACUUUCGACAAUGGUAGCAAAACUCUCAUACGAGCGAGCUCUAUCUGGCUCGGGGGAGAGGAAAUCCAGGUUGGGGAUGUUGUUAAAGUUGCGUUUCCGAGCGGUGUUGUCGAUGAACUCACAAAAUCUGUCACACAAUCCAGUAGUACCACGCCCGGACCGUCGCGACCUGGACCCGAUGGUCUUUUUGCACGGAUAUACGGGUUUGACGUUAUACUACACUCGCCGGCAGACUCGGAGGAGACUCGCAUUAGCAGUGGUGAACAGGGACUGGAAGACGCUGCGGAGCUUAGGGUAUCAGCGGCUUUCUACAAGCUCGAACCAAUGGGAGAUGCUUCCCGGGAUCACAGAUGUAUGGAUGGGGAUUUGAAGAACAUCAAUCUACCACCUGCACCUGCUGGAUUCACGUUCUACCCCCUCCAUGAUCCUGAUUUGGAGGUCGUAUUCCGUGGGGACCAGUGUAUAACCGGGAGGUACCAUCCGGCGUUAUUGGAGAGGAUUUUACCUGGGAGGUGCUUAUCGGAGGAGCUGUGGAAGGUGUGGGAAGUAGCUGGGCUGAAGAUGGGUGCAGGCGUAAGGAGAAAAUUCUAUGGUGACUCACAGGGAAAACUUGGAGGUGGCGGUCGAGGAUGGUUCUAG